AUCAGAGGAGCCACGGGCAGGCUCAAUAAAGGGCGCUAGUGUCCGUCAAGUGUCACAGCCGUUGCUCGUCUCCUCAGUAUUGAAACUUGAAUCGGUGAUUUAAUUAGGAAUAACGUAUUUUUUUGCUAGAAUUUGUGAAACUUUAAGCAAUAAUGACCGACAAGAAAGCAUACCCGGUGACACCUCAUCCACCAACAGGUUUUGUCCCUGCGCCGGCACAGCCUGCUACCUACGGUGGUACACUUGCAGGUGCCGCGCCUUAUGGAGUCUUUCCUAAUCAGCCACAGCUCUAUGCAGCACAGGGUCCACCGCCACCGACAUAUGAUCAGACCCUUACACAUCCUCCCAUGAUGUAUCAGCCAAUGUACGGCCAAGGGUACCCUGGAUACUUAGGCUCAUGUUAUCCUGCAUACGGGCCAUUGCAAUAUUAUUCACCAUUAGCUGCAGCUGCAGCAUAUUAUCCAGCAGCAGCAAUGCAGCCUCCAGUUAGGCCCCCUACGCUUGUGAUGCCUAAUGGGUUCGAUGCUACUAAUCGAUUCGAUAGUAUCUCACAACCCGUCUUGCCACCACCUCCAACAGUUCCAAACGCCGCCCAACUAGCUGCAAUGGCGAGCCAUAGCGUGGCUAUAUCGCAAAAGAAAAAUUUCCUAGGAGGAGGAACAGAGGGCGGUUACACCUUUUGGUAAACCAUUAUACCUUUUGUGAAAACACUAAAGUCUAACAAAGGCAUAUUGUUGUCGAAAUGAUCCAUGUAGGCAAAUCUGAUUUUUGUGUUAGAGUUCUACUAUUUUUUACAUUGGGAGCAGCUAAUAAUUGAAUUAGUAUUAAUUUUUGAGCGCGGACCGAUUGCGAAGCGAACAACCUGCAAAGAGCUUAGCAAACGGAUGAUUCUGUUCUUUUGUUGAAAUCAUGAUCUACUGACGUGAGAACAGAUGAGAAAUACACGUAAUGAAACAAGGUUAAAAAUGUGAUUUUUGUUUCUUUUUAAGAUCUUAGUGAUCGGUCGGCGUCUCGAACAUACUAUGAAAUUUAAUAAGAGAAUCAUUAAGAAG